CGAGAACCCAGAAGACCUUUAAUCUCCCGCCUCUUUCACACCAUCAGACUCCAUUAUCGAAGCUCGUUCACUCUUCUCUCUCUCCAAAUUCGAGAGAAAGGAGGAGGAAGGUGUAAUGCCGCGUAAACCUAGACAUCGUGUACCGGAGAUUCUAUGGAGGUUAUUCGGAAACAGAGCCAGGAAUUUAAACGACGCAAUAGUAGAUCUGAUUCCUAACCGGAAUAUCCAGCCGGAGCAAUGCCGAUGCCGGGGUCAAGGUUGUCUCGGUUGCAGCAGCGAUAAACCGGCGUUUCUGCUGCGUUCCGAUGAUCCCAUUCACUACCGUAAACUUCUUCACCGUUGCUUCGUUGUACUUCACGAACAAACCCCUCCGCUUCUGGAUUUCUCUCCAACAUCUUGGUGGUCACAGAGAGAGAUUGUUGAAAGGAUUAUUGAAAUGAUGCAAUCUGGAUGUGAUUGCCAAAAUGUGAUAUGUGCCAGAUAUGAUAAGUAUGAUCAGUCGAGCCCUAUUUUGGAGCUAUUGACAAGUUCAUCUUGGGAGUUUCUUCUCAAGCGGGUCGGUCAUGACGUCAUGGUUUAUCUUCUACAGCAAACAUCAAUAUUCUUACCAUUACUAGGGAAAAAACACCAGCAAGUGUCUGGACCUCCUCUAUGUAUCAAGCAUAAGCGGACAUUGUCAGUCCAUGAAAACAAAAGAAAGAGGGAUGACAACGUUCAGCCACCAACGAAAAGGCAGUGGCUUUCUUCAGCUGUCGAUGACUGUCCUAAGGAUGACUCUGCAACUAUUACGCCCAUAGUUGGCGAGGAUGUAGACCAACAUAGAGAGAAAAAAACUACUAAGCGUUCAAGAAUAUAUCUUAAGCGUCGGCGAAAGCAGAGAAAGGUCAAUUUCAAAAAAGUUGACUGUAAUGCUCCUUGUAUAACUCCCAGUACAAAUGGUAAAGUCUCAACUGGUAAUGACGAAAUGAAUCUGCACAUUGGUAUAAAUGGAAGUCUCACUGAUUUUGUAAAGCAGGCUAAACAGGUUAAAAGAAACAAGAAUUUCAAGUUUGGCCUCUCAGAAACGUAUUCAGUUAUACCACCAAACCACAUUUUAAAAACCUUGAGGCCCAACUGCUCUGAUUCAAAGCUCCUAAUGAACCAUAUAUUUGGUGAAGUAAAUGUUUGGUCAACGACGCCAUCUCAUGGCAAAGGCAAUUGCCCCAGUGGAUCUAUUUGCUUAUACCAUUCAUUGCUCAAGUCUCUUAAAAAUCUAAUAGGAAAAACAAAGUCUUCACAUUUAAAAAUGCUACUAGACAAACACUGUCCUGUUCUCUUGCUGCAAGAGGAUGCAUUGAAGUCCGGAACGACUUCUCAGAGUUCAAGGAGGCAAAAAGCAGAUAAGCUGCCUCAUGGAUCAAGUUCAUCACAAACGGGAAAACCCAAAUGUCCCAGUGUUGAAGAAAGGAAGCUGUAUUGCACGAACGACCAAGUAGUUUCCUUUAUUUGGGCCAUCUGUAGGUACAUUGUUCCAGAAAGUUUGCUUGGGACCACUCAUCAGAUGAGGGUGCUUAGGAAAAAUAUAGCGUGGUUUGUUUCAAGGCGACGAAAUGAGAAAUGCACAGUGAAUCAGUUUUUGCAUAAAGUGAAACCAUCAGAUUUCCCAUUCUUUGCUAGAAAAGAGUUAUGCUGUAUGGUCAACGGACAUGAACUCCAAAGUGAAUCCAUCAGAAGUACACAGCAGAUGUUGUGCACGAAAUGGAUUUCUUGGCUUUUUUUAGAGAUUGUCAAGAAAUUGGUGCACUUCAACUUCUAUGCCACUGAAAGCCAAGGAGGACGGCUAAAUAUUUAUUAUUACCGGAAAAGGAGCUGGGAAAGAUUAAUAAGCAAAGAAAUUAGCAAAGCCCUUGAUGGAUAUGUCCUAGUAGACGAUGCUGAAGCUGAAAGUAGCAGGAAGAAGCUAUCAAAGUUUAGAUUUUUACCAAAGGCCAAUGGUGUGAGGAUGGUGUUAGACUUUAGUUCUUCGUCAAGGUCGCAAUCUCUUCGUGAUACACAUGCUGUUUUGAAGGACAUCCAGCUCAAAGAACCAGAUGUUCUUGGGUCUUCUGUCUUUGACCAUGAUGAUUUCUACAGAAACCUAUGCCCAUAUCUGAUCCAUUUAAGAAGUCAAUCUGGAGAACUUCCUCCUUUGUACUUUGUGGUUGCGGAUGUAUUCAAAGCAUUUGAUUCAGUCGACCAGGGUAAGCUGCUUCAUGUCAUUCAAAGUUUUCUGAAAGAUGAAUACAUCUUAAACAGAUGUAGGCUGGUCUGCUGUGGGAAGAGAUCCAAUUGGGUAAACAAAAUACUAGUCUCGAGUGACAAAAAUUCUAACUUUUCAAGAUUCACAUCAACUGUUCCAUAUAAUGCACUGCAAAGUAUCGUGGUUGAUAAGGGAGAAAACCAUCGAGUGAGGAAAAAGGAUCUAAUGGUUUGGAUAGGAAAUAUGCUAAAGAACAACAUGCUGCAGUUGGAUAAAAGCUUCUAUGUACAAAUAGCUGGAAUACCUCAGGGACACAGAUUAUCAUCCUUGUUAUGUUGUUUUUACUACGGGCAUCUCGAGAGGACUUUGAUCUACCCAUUCCUCGAAGAAGCCUCUAAAGAUGUGUCUUCUAAAGAAUGCAGUAGAGAGGAAGAGCUUAUAAUUCCCACGAGCUAUAAGUUACUGAGAUUUAUUGAUGACUACCUUUUUGUGUCUACCUCAAGAGAUCAGGCGAGUAGCUUCUAUCACAGGUUGAAGCAUGGAUUUAAAGAUUACAACUGCUUCAUGAACGAAACAAAAUUCUGCAUAAAUUUUGAAGAUAAAGAAGAACAUAGGUGUUCUUCUAAUAGAAUGUUUGUGGGAGAUAAUGGAGUUCCUUUUGUCAGAUGGACGGGUUUGCUUAUUAAUUCCCGCACAUUUGAAGUUCAAGUUGACUACACAAGGUACUUGAGUGGCCAUAUAAGCUCAACUUUUUCUGUAGCUUGGCAGAACAAACCAGUUAGAAAUCUUCGGCAAAAAUUGUGUUACUUCUUGGUUCCGAAAUGUCAUCCAAUUCUAUUUGACUCGAACAUCAACUCGGGAGAAAUCGUCAGGUUAAACAUCUAUCAGAUCUUUCUGUUGGCUGCAAUGAAGUUUCACUGUUAUGUCUACGAGGUGUCCCGGUUUUGGAAGCUUCAUCCUCAAACUUUGUUCAAAUUCAUCACAAUAUCUGUCAGGUACAUGUUCAGACUCAUAAAUAGAAGGGUGCGCAGAAUCAACACUGGUUCUAGUUUCAGACCAGUUCUUAAACUAUACAAAGAAGAAGUGAUAUGGCUUGGCUUAGACGCUUAUAUUCAAGUUCUGAAGAAGAAAAACUCGAGAUAUCGAAUGCUCUUGAUCUAUUUAAAAUCUGCACUUUCUAAACACUCUCUUUCUCAGCAGCUAUCGUCGGAAUUGAGGUAUGCAACAGACCGGUCAAACUCUUCUUCGCUGUGGAAGUUGAAUUAUUGAAACUGAUCUUAACUAGAUUUUAUCAUCGAAACUUAGGUAGAUCCUUUAAAUUUCUAUUUCAGUCAUUUUGAUAAUCUAGGAACAAAAUGGAUUUGUAACAUUUAGGGUAAAGAAAGAUUUAAAUGUCAACUUAUUAAAUAUGU